AUGGCCGACCAACAUUCUUCAAGCAAUUCGGAUGAAUCCGACCUCAGCUAUCGCUACUCUGGUAGCCAAUCCGGCGGCUCUCCCGACUCUGGUAUCCACUCCGACGGUCACGACUCUGACAUGAGUGUGGAUACGGUUAUUAUACCGAGUCAAUCAUCCACCUCUGACAGGGACGAGAAUGAUGGUCUUCAAGUUGAAGCUGCCAACAGUGAUGUUGGUGGCGACCUUGUCGACGGUGUUGUCGACGUCCCCUUCAAAAUCGGUGCAGUAUCAAGGGUACUCCUACUCGUACUACCACGGGGAAGACACAAAUCACUACCGCUGCAGCGCUUAUCGACGGACCAAGUGCAACGUGAAGCU